AUGAGGCGAGGUAAAGUACAUGACCUCCUGAAUUGAGGGGUGCAUGCUUUUUGAAGCUGUGUCCUGUGAAAAGCUAUAUAAUGGAGCUCGAAGCCGGCUGCACCUCAGCUAUCACUCGCACCACCCAGCAAACACUCACAUUCCUCAACCCCCUGUUACUCAAGCACAAUGCUUCCCAAAACCAUCAUCAACCUUCUCACCACCAUCGCUGCGGUGCAGGCCUCACCGCUUCUUAAGCGGGCCGUUGUUCCCCAUGACAGCAUCACCCCUUUCGCUGAGACGGUUCCCAAUGAUGCCGUCGGUAACACCUUCAAGAAAUUUGAGCCCUAUCUUCACAUCGCCCACGGCUGCCAAUCCUACCCAGCUGUCGCCGCCAACGGCGAUACCAGCGGAGGCCUCCAGGACACCGGAAGCGCGACGGGCGGCUGCCGCGACCAGUCGCGGGGCCAGACCUACGUGCGUGGGGGCUGGUACAAUGGCCGCUACGGGAUCAUGUACGCCUGGUACAUGCCCAAGGACAUGCCGACCAGCGGGGUCUCGACGGGGGCGCACCGCCACGACUGGGAGAACGUGGUCAUCUGGGUGAACAACCCCAGCAACGCCAGCCCGACGCUCCUCGGGGGCGCCGCCUCGGGCCACGGCAAGUAUAAGAAGACGACCAGCCCGCCGCGCCAGGGCGACCGGCCCAAGGUCGAGUACUUCACCAGCUUCCCGACCAACCACGAGCUGCAGUUCACGGAGACGCUGGGCCGGGAUCUGGCGCUCGUGGCGUGGGAUUCGCUGCCGCAGGCCGCCAAAGAUGGGUUGGAAGGCGCGGACUUUGGCAAGGCGACGGUGCCGUUUAAGGAUGCCACGUUCAUGAACAAUCUCGCUAAGGCGGCGCUUUAGAUUGCUUUCGGGGAGAGACUAGCCCCCUCGUUGACCCUCGAUGAGGUCCCUAGAUCAGCAAUAUGAGGUGUACUGAAGAAUUUAGUCUCACCCCUCUUGAGCUCAAAGAACGGUUGUUGUGACUGUGAAUCUUUUACUGUGUUCUGGGUUGACAGAAUAUAUUUUGUGGGACCCCGUGUUCGGCAUCGUUGAUUUUCCAUACCAUCUAAACGAAUAUAGCACUAUUGUACCAACCGCUCGGCAAUCUCGGCUCGCAUUGAAUAUUGUUAGCACUUGUCCAGCUCGCCGUGUGCUCGGGUUUCAUCUUGCUUAACCGUAGCCGACGUAAUGGUCGGUGCCGAGCAGCCGAAGCGUCGAUCCAGCCCCGGAUUUGUAAGCAAAGCAGACUAACUACCUUACCUUGUCUCUCAUUUGCUUCAUUCUUCACUCUUUCACGUCGGAUUGUC